AGCCGCGGCCAGCGCCGGGAAUGGUAACACACACACACACUCGCACACACACACACAUCCAUCCAUCCCACAGAAUAGCAACACUCACCCGAUUGUUGGGUAAACCUUUUAGACAAAGCGACGUUUCUUACCGAAAAAGUCAAGCUAAACGUAGGCGGUACUAUCUUUGAGGUAAUCACUGUUUCUGUUCGACGCAUUAACAAAAGCGACAUUUUGAGUGACAUUCUGUCAUAUCAGACAUCCUUGAGCACACUGCGGAGAGAAGAAUCAAGCUUACUAGCCACCAUGUUUUCCGGCCGUCAUGCCCUCGAACCUGAACACGACGGCUCAUAUUUCAUCGACCGAGAUCCGUUACGGUUUCGAUUAGUACUGAACUAUCUAAGAGAUCUCAGAAUUCCAGCAGCAGUCAGUCAAGACAAAUCUAUGUAUGUGCAUCCUCCUCAUGUCUGCUUGUUUUUAAGCACAAGAUUUGACCCAGUAAUAACUAAAAAUACUUACCUAACUCUUUUUUUUCUUACUCGAAACCAACCAUGUACUACAUAUAGUCGUCACGAGCUGUUGCAAGAAGCAAAGUAUUACAGAAUUGAUGGUCUCGUCAAACUACUCCAAUGAACUAUAUUAUUCUUCUAAGCGCGUAUAUCCUCCUUAUUUCCUCCCAAAGUUCAUAUACCCCAACAAGAUAUAAAAAAUGAUAAAAAUUCUACUCUCCAUGAAAGAAAAAACAAACCGGCAAAUUGAUGUACUACAACAACCUUUCCUUAUAAUAACUGCUGAAAAGACUCUUCCAAACUUUUCUCCUGUCUUACGCUUUUUGGGACGUCAUGUCAAUAAAAUGUUUCUACUAUAUUUACUAU